AAGACAGGAAGAAUGAUAGAAAGAGAGGAAGAAGAGAAAGAAACGUAAGUAAAGAGAUGGGAGGACAGGUAGGAGUCGAAGAGUAAGAAGGAAGAAGGGGAGGAGAGUUUCUUCAGUGACUGAUUUCUGCCUGUCUGAGCCUGACUUCCUUUUAAAACAUUACCAGAGACAUUUAUAUAUAUAUACAUAUAUAUAUACCACUAUAUAUGUGUAUAUAUAUACACACGGAUAGAGCUAUACAUAUAUGAUAGAUAUUGUUUGUGAAGCAAUGACGAACUCACUGCUUUUUGCCCCAGGCAAAGUGGUUGAAGAGGUGAGCCCAGCCUUGCAGAAUAUGAACCCGAAAUCCCUUUGGAAGGCGAGCGACGGACCGGUGACUUCGAUGUUUGCCAAGCUGAUAUCAAAGUUGGAGUCGAGCACGGGUCUGAAGGCCGAACAUAUUUUGAUUAAAGUGGUGGCUACCUGCUGUUCUUUCGCCGCCGUUUAUGUGACCUUCAGCUGGAUUCUCAAGAAGAUGGACCCGACAUAUGAAGAGAAGAAAAAGGCGCAGACUCAAGCUAAAGUUAUGUUGAAACGACUCGGCAUCGACGAACAUGCUUUGAACGAAUACGAAGUGGCUGUGGCCGCCAACUUGGUCGACCCUCGCUGUUUCGACAUCAGCUGGGAACAGAUCGGAGGACUUGAUAAUGUGAAGAAAGAACUGAAACAGACCGUGAUAUUCCCUCUCAAGAAUUUCACUUUACUCGACAAUUCGAAACUAAUGAAACCUCCUCGUGGGGUCCUUUUAUAUGGCCCUCCCGGCUGUGGUAAAACCAUGAUUGCUAAAGCCACAGCCAAGGCCUCCGGUGCCAAUUUCUUGUUUGUUGAGCUCUCGUCCAUGCUAGACAAAUGGUACGGCGAGUCACAGAAGAGGGUCGCGGCUAUAUUCAACCUGGCUCAUAAAAUCCAGCCCACGAUUAUUUUCAUUGACGAGAUCGAUUCCUUAUUACGCACCAGAAAUACUCAGGACCAUGAAGCAACCAGUAUGAUGAAAACCCAGUUUAUGAAUUACUGGGAUGGAUUAUUAACCGACAGUAAAAGCCAAGUAAUUAUCAUCGGGGCCACAAACAACAGGCAGGCCCUCGAUCAGGCCAUCCUACGACGAAUGCCAUGUCAGUUAUAUGUGGGUAACCCCACCCCCGAGCAACGAUAUCACAUCCUUGAAAUAAUCCUCUGUGACGAAGUCCUCGGUCCAGAUGUCGAUCUUUUAGCCAUUGCGCAGAUGACCGAAGGCUUCUCCGGUAGUGACCUCCACGAAGUUUGCAGAUUGGCUGCUUCGGUUCGAAUCAGUGAAUAUAUCGACACCACCGCGGCCGACGACAAAGAAGGAACCGAACCCUCGUCGCCUCCCUUGCUGCAGCCCUUGUCUUCGUCCCCGUCUGCUCAACCCGAAACCGGUGACCCUUCGGAUAAGGUAUGUGAUUCUAAUAAACAGGACAAACUCGAGAAUCUUAGAGGAAUAUCUCAGACGGAUCUUUGUACAGGAGUUGACAAAGUACAAAGUAAUAUCUCAAAACUUUUCUGCUGAUAAAAAAAAAAUAUACAAAAGACAAAAAAAGAGAAAAACACGAAAAGUCUGGAUGUUUUAAUUUAUUUUAUUAUUUUUUUGUUGUUUGUUUGUUUAACCACAGGCCAGUCCUUGUUCCUGACCCAGUUGACCUUAAUGAUCAAGGAAAUAAGUAAUUCCAGCCAUAACCACCACCAUCAACAGCACCUGUGUUUUAUAUUUCCUUUACUUACAUACUGCCAUAGUUUACCUUGGAGUACAUUAUCCUUCGAUUUAGGCACAAAAUAACCGACAACUCAGUCAAAAACAGUUUUCACGUAUGUAUAUGUUUAUAUGACACCGUAUAUAAUCACUAUAUAUAUAUAUAUAUAUAUAUAUAUAUAUAUAUAUAUACAUAGAUAGAUAGAUACAGAGAGAGAUGGUGAUUAUAUAGCGUAUAUGUAUAUAUAUAUGUACACACACACACCGCCUUAUACAAAUUUACAAUCAAUACUUGUACACAUAUGCGAAUAUAUAUAUAUAUACACACACACAUAUACAUACACACUCUCUCUUCUCCUCAGCGUGAAUAUAUCUAUAUACAUACACGUACAUACAUAUACACACUCUCUUCCUUGGUGUGAAUAUAUAUAUAUACAUACACGUACAUACAUAUACACACUCUCUUCCUUGGUGUGAAUAUAUAUAUAUACGUACAUACAUAUAUACACUCUCUUCCUUGGUGUGUAUAUAAUACGAAUAUACGGGCGUAUACAGAAAUGCAUUCAUCAAAUGUAUACACACCGAAACGUAUGUACAUGUUUAUAUGACACUAUGUAUGUAUAUAUUUAAUAUAUAAUAAAGAAUGGAACUGGUAAAAUACGGACCACGUGUACACAUUCCUAAACAUAUAUAUACGUUUGUGACACUAUAUAUAUAUAUAUAGUGGUGCUCCAGCAUGACCAUAGCCGCAUGACUGAAACGAGUAAAAGAGUAAAAUGUACAAACCUUAAACAUACAUUCAAACCAUCCAGAACUCAAAGCAACCAAAAAAAAAAUGCAAACCAUACAUAGACUUUGUUGGCGGCCAUUUUAUGUGUCUAAUUCGAAAGGUCACUCGUUGUCCGGUGUAUCUUUGCAUUUAUAAGACGUCUGGAUAUGUUUUGAUGGGAUUUGGCUGCUAUCUCUAGCAGAUCGAGCGACCCCAAGGACGCUCUUAUUUUUUAUUAUGUAAUGUAGUUAAUUAUCUAAUAUAAUCUUUAAAAAAACUAA